CCCGGCCACCGGUGGCGAUGGCUCCCUGGUGACGACCUGACCGCUUCCGUUGCGCCUCCACAUCUCGCAUCCGGCCCCUGCGGCGCUCUCCUGCACAACUGUCCCUAAGCGCCAGGCUCGGCGGCACGCAUCAAAGUCUCUUGUCCGCCUGAAGCCGUCCGACUGACCAAGAACCCCUCGCGCGGGGCACCACGUCACCCAAGAUGUUAAAGAUAUGGUCUAUGAAAAAAGAGCAGAAACAGGCUGAAAAUGCCGAAGGUCAAGCAGCCGGCGGGAAAAAGAAGAAGGUCACAGCUGCCCAGCUGCGGGUGCAGAAAGACUUGUCGGAGCUGUCACUCGGGUCGACUAUGAAGACAGAGUUCCCAGACCCCGACGACAUCCUCAACUUUGUCCUGACGAUCGAGCCCGACGAGGGCAUGUACCGCAAUGGCAGGUUCACGUUUGACUUUGCCAUCAACCAAAACUUCCCGCACGAGCCGCCCAAGGUGCGGUGCCGGGAAACCAUCUACCACCCGAACAUCGACCUGGAGGGCAAGGUCUGCCUCAACAUCCUGCGCGAGGACUGGAAGCCCGUGCUGAACCUCAACGCCGUCAUCGUUGGGCUGCAGGUAGGCUACCCUCGCUUUGUGGAGCGAGGCUGCAUGGGCUAUUGUGUCCCUCAUGGGCUGACGCUGGUAUGCGAUGCUAGUUCCUGUUCCUCGAGCCAAACGCCUCGGACCCUCUCAAUAAGGAGGCCGCCGAGGACUUACGACAUAACCGGGAAGGCUUUAAGCGAAACGUGCGCAUGUCAAUGAGUGGAGGCACCGUCAAAGGCACGCCUUACGACCGAGUCGUCAAAUAGCGGGUUGCCUGGCUUGUCAGGCACUGGGCCACGGCGCGCGCACCCGUACCCAAGGGUGUGUCGCCUACGACAUGGUACGACUAGAGCAUCGCGGGGGGGAGGGGGGGGAGAGAAGAAGCAUAGCAUGUGAACAAAGGGAAAGCCAUCCUCUCAGACAUUGUGUGGAAGUCAGGAGGGUGUCGCUAGAUGCUGUGCGCCGAUCCUUGCGAGACGGCAGGGGCCCGAGUUUGCACAUGGGGACGGGAUACUAGAGGUAUGGCGGUGGCAUGGCAUCAGCCCGUCUGGUCAUUAGGCGUGGCGCAAGACACUUGAUACAGAAGCGAAGCUAGUUGCAUUGCACUCGCUGAGGAGCGUAGCCGUGGUAUUUGACUCCCUUAGCCGUUGACAGCGAUGCGCGAUCUCGGA